CAGCAUUCAUAUAUUUUCAGUUUUGUUGGGUUGGGAGGCCUUAUUGCUCUGCUACAUCAAAACAAAGAUAGUGGCAGGCAGACUUUUGUGGCAAAAGGAUAAUUGGAGUCAUACGUUGCACAUACAACUUAUCCUCACAUCAGCCACUGCAUUUGCUUCAAGAUCUCAUCCAUUCAAAUCCCAUCAUCCCCCCAAAAAAGAAAGAAAAAAAACAAGCCAUAAUACUUGCAUUCUUCUGUUUCUCGCUUCCUCCACUGAUAAAACCUCCCUCUCUUCACAACCACCACCAUCAUCUCAACCAUGGCAGCUGCAGUGACUGCUGCGGUCUCUUUUCCUUCCUCAACCAAGUCUACUUCUCUUCCUUCAAGAACCAUUCUCAUUGCACCAGAAAGAAUCACCUUGAGAAAGGUGCCAGUUCACUUCAGGGAUGUGUCUGCUAGUGGCAGAGUGAUUUCCAUUAGAGCUCAAGUUACAACAGAGGCUCCAGCUAAGGUUGAGAAGGUAUCAAAGAAAAAUGAGGAGGGAGUGGUUGUUAACAAGUUCAAGCCUAAGAACCCUUACACUGGAAGAUGUCUUUUGAACACUAAGAUCACUGGUGAUGAUGCUCCUGGUGAAACCUGGCACAUGGUCUUCAGCACUGAAGGAGAGGUUCCGUAUAGAGAAGGGCAAUCAAUUGGAGUGAUUCCAGAUGGAAUUGAUAAGAAUGGGAAACCUCAUAAACUAAGAUUAUAUUCAAUUGCUAGCAGUGCUAUCGGUGACUUUGGAGACUCCAAAACUGUUUCUUUGUGUGUGAAGAGGCUUGUGUACACCAAUGACCAAGGAGAAAUUGUAAAAGGAGUUUGCUCAAAUUUCUUGUGUGACUUGAAACCUGGAGCUGAAGUUAGUAUUACAGGACCAGUUGGGAAAGAAAUGCUCAUGCCUAAAGAUCCCAAUGCCACUGUCAUUAUGCUUGGAACUGGAACUGGUAUUGCUCCUUUCCGAUCAUUCUUGUGGAAAAUGUUCUUCGAGAAGCAUGAUGACUACAAGUUCAAUGGUUUGGCAUGGCUCUUCUUGGGAGUCCCAACAAGUAGCUCAUUGCUUUACAAGGAGGAAUUCGAGAAGAUGAAGGAGAAAGCCCCUGACAACUUCAGGCUAGACUUUGCGGUAAGUAGAGAGCAAACCAAUGCCAAAGGUGAAAAGAUGUACAUCCAAACCCGGAUGGCAGAAUAUGCAGAAGAGCUAUGGGAAUUACUAAAGAAAGACAACACCUACGUCUACAUGUGUGGAUUGAAAGGAAUGGAGAAGGGGAUUGAUGAUAUAAUGGUGUCUUUGGCUGCUAAGGAGGAAAUUGACUGGCUUGAGUACAAAAGAAGCUUGAAGAAAGCAGGGCAAUGGAAUGUGGAGGUCUAUUAAUGUGAUUACUUGUACAAAUAUGUCCUCUUUUUUGGUUACUACAAGCAAUCGUCUUCCUCCUGCUGCGUUGUUGUAGAUAGAUAUAAUUAAGAUGCAUGUUCGUAAUUUUUGGCUAAAAAUUUCUUUUUCCUUUUUUAUGAAUGAAGGCAAUGUAAUGUCAUAGCAUGCAUUUACAAAUGACAGGAGUUGUUAUUUCUUAA